AUGCUUUUCCGCAAAUCCUUCAUCGCCUCGUUAUUGGCAGCACUGCCCCAGGCAUUGGCCUCUUCUGCCUGUCGUUGCUUCCCGGGCGAUUCUUGCUGGCCAUCCGAAAGUGCCUGGACAGAAUUCAAUAAAACUAUCGAUGGGCGACUGAUUAGUACUGUCCCACUUGGCACCCCAUGUCAUGUGCCAAACUACAAUGCUACCGCUUGCGCAGUAUUGGAAGCUGGAUGGGAGCUUCCAGAGGAACAUUACGAAUCGUCUUCCUCUGUUAUGGCCCCAUUUUUUGCCAAUGGAACCUGUGAUCCAUAUCACCCUGUCUCGAAGCCUUGCACCUUGGGCAAUUAUGUUCGGUACAGCGUGAAUGUCACCAGCCCGUCUCAAAUUUCAUCCGCCUUGAAAUUCGCAACAGAACACAACAUUCGUGUAAUCAUUCGAAACACCGGUCAUGACUACAAUGGCAAGUCGACUGGAGCUGGAGCUCUUGCAAUCUGGACCCACCAUCUCAAGGACCUAGAGAUUCAUGAUUACAAGGACACCCACUACACUGGCAAGGCCAUUACUAUGGGGGCUGGUAUUCAGGGGUUCGAAGCCUAUGAGAUUGCAGAUGCCAACGAUCUCCAAGUUGUUGGAGGUGAAUGCCCCACUGUUGGUCUGGCCGGUGGAUAUAGCCAAGGAGGUGGACACUCGGCACUUUCUUCCCGGUACGGGCUAGGUGCCGAUCAAGUCUUGAAAUGGGAAGUCAUCGAUGGCCAGGGCAACUUUAUCACCGCCACUCGAGAUAACGAGUAUUCCGAUAUCUUUUGGGCUCUGAGUGGUGGCGGCGGUGGCACCUAUGGAGUCGUCUGGUCAAUGACCUCGAAGGCGCAUCCUGGAACCCCGGUUUCUGGUCUUAAUUUGACCUACACCAGCACCAAUCUCACGGCGGAUACCUUCUAUAGCACCAUCGAGAAGUUUCACGAGAGCCUUCCUGCUCUCGUUGACGCAGGUGCUAUGUGUAUCUGGUACUACACUAACACUUCCUUCGAGAUCGCUCCCAUCACUGGCCCUAAUAUUCCUGAGGCCAAGUUGGUGAAUCUCCUUGAGCCCUUUACUACAAGCCUUGACAAGCUGAACAUCAACUAUACCUUAACGACAGGCCAGUACAGUAGCUACUACAGCCAGUUCAAGGAUAUGCAAGGCACUAUCGAGGUUGGCACCGCGCAAUACGGUGGCUAUCUCAUUCCAAGAUCGGUGGUAGAGAACAACAACAAAGCUCUGGUUCAAGCCUACCGUGAGAUCACGGAAGCCGGUGCGACCUUCAUUGGUGUGGGUUUAAAUGCUUCACACAAAGUCUCUGGAGACGUUUAUAACGCGGUCCUUCCUGCCUGGAGAGAUGCACUGAUUGAUACAACUUUGACCACCCCUUGGGAGUGGGAUAAUGGCGCUCUGAUGCUGGAACGUCAAAAUAAGAUGACGUAUGAGUUUAUUCCCAAGCUGGAAGCACUCGCCCCCAACUCAGGUGCCUACAUGAAUGAGGGUAACUUCCAGCAACCCGACUUCCAGAGGGUCUUUUAUGGCAGCAAUUAUGAUGCCUUGCGCAAAGUGAAGUCCAAGUACGAUCCUAAUGACAUCUUUUAUGCCAAGACCGCGGUUGGAUCUGCCGAGUGGAGAGAGAGAGAGGAUGGCCGGUUAUGCAAAGUGGACCAAUGGAAAUCCUCAUGGGUUGAGUUUGGUACUGUAUAA